AGAAUUCUGAAAGGAGCGGCUUCAGCUCCGCAUUCCGAUCGAAAUGUCGUCUGUAAUUGAUGGCAACGUGACCCAUGUUCCGGUGCUACCAAGCCCAACGACUGUAUUAAACACAGCCCCGCCGGACAAGCAGGGAGGUGGUGGAGGCGCAGUCCUCAACGAACUAUACUUGAAAAUAAUAUACGCCCUCAUUGGCCUUCUCGGGAUAGUCGGAAACAGUAUUGUUUGCCUGGUCUUUACGGUUAAACGGCGGCACUUCCAAUCGAUUACAAACUACCUUAUAUUGAACCAAUCGAUCAUAGAUCUUGUAGACUCAAUCUUUUUUAUUCUCAUUCACUAUGCAUCCCCGUACGGCCCCAUCUCGGAGACAGCUGCCUUACCGAGCCGAGGCCUUGCCGAGUUCUUCUGCCGUAUGUGGGACUCGGAGUAUCCGCUGUGGGCGCUUUACAUCGCCUCAACCGCGAACCUCGUGAUCCUGUCUUUGGAGCGCUACUUCGCAACAUGCCGUCCCGUCAUUCACCGCAACUUCUUCACAGUCCGCCGGGCGAAGUGGGCGAUGCUCUGCGUCUGGGUCUACGGUGCAGUCUAUCAACUCUACUGGCCUCUCGUGCAGACCUUCUCUGAGGACUGGCGAUGCCAUCCCAGCUGGCCGAACCGUGUCGUCCAGAUAUUCAUGGGAAUUCUGCUCUUUACGCUUGAGUACCUCAUCCCCCUUAUAAUCAUGACGUUCUCCUAUGUCAGUAUCAUACAUAUGUUGCGCAAUCGCACAAAGAGUCACGGGAAGGUGCAAGUCAACGCGUUCCAACGCGCAAAGCGGAACGUAACGACAACGCUUUGCAUCGUGUUUGUAAGCUACGUCGUAUGCUGGACACCCACGGAGUUGUCCUACCUCGCUUACAACCUUGGACAUGCCUACAACUUCGAAAGUGCAAUCCAUGACGUCGUGAAAGGUCUGGUGGCAUGCAACCUCUGUGUAAAUCCAUUUAUUUACGCGUUCAAGUACGAGCACUUUCAAACUGAACUAAGGAAUAUGUUCUCCUCUGUAUGUAACCCAGGGAAUCGAAUAAGUAGUGAAGCUCGCGGAACUGUUCUGAGUCCGGCAAACAAUUCCUCGAACAACACACCUUGACAUGAACUGCAUUUAUCUAUGUCUGUGUCUGCACUCUUCUGCCAGAAUGAACUGUUUACUUGGUGAGCUAUGGGAAGAUAUGAUUGGCACUGUUGAUUAAGAUUCUCAAAUCUAAUGAUGUGAAGAUAUUUCUAUAGAUUGUCGACACAUCUACACUGUGAGUAUUCAUGGUGUGUCCACAUAGAGCGAUGUGAUGAUACAAUGAAUUAAAUAUUCGGAUAGUCCACUAUGUGAACACACUGCGGACACUCACACUGAAAUUUCAUAUUUUGUUCCACACUGUGACAGUAUUGUGGGAUAACUAUGGGGCACUAUCACUUCGAUCAUCUUAAUUUGAAACAAAAUACUGCUUGGAUCGAAAAUACGCUUAAGUUUCGGAUAAAUCUUGUUUAUUGCGACAAAGUGAACGCAAGCAGUAAUUGGAAACUGUAUAUAUAUAUAAAGACAACUUGUAUUGUAGCACCACAAAUAUAUUUUUGCAACCGCGCGACUAUGCAUUGGCAAUAUUAUUCACAAUAUAGAUUGUGGGUCUAAUGGCUGGAAAGAUUAUAUAGCUGUGAGCGGAAAUGAAAGAAAAAAUCUCACUUUUGAGCAAAUGCCCCUUCCCCCCCCAAAAAAAAAAAGGGGGGGGGGUAAUUGAAAUAGUGCAGGCAUAAAUGUUUUGACCUGUUAUGGUUGCAGUUUCAUAGUGUCUUGGAAACUUUUGGUUUCCCCCUCUGUCUCUGUUCCGUGCUGCUCAAGAGCUUUAAAAAUGUGGGUUUUUCGUGUGUUUCCGGGAUAUGUUUGUGGGUGCGAUGGUGCGUGAGGGCGUGCUGUGUCUUUGGUCAGAUAAAGAAAAAACAUGACUCGUUGAAAGGGGUUUUGCAUAGGGAGUUUGUGUAUGGGUGUGUGUGUGUGUGUGCGUGAGGGCGGAUGUGUCAUGAGUGAGGGUGGUGAUUAUCCCAUGGUGUGCACUUGCUCAGUGACAACCGAGCACUUGCACACACACAUAACAUGAAGACACACCGAGAUAUGAGGACAUUGCAAAUGGUCCAAAUGUGAGUAUAUAGGUGAAAUUGUGUGUAUUAUUUCUCGAAUGACUAGAUAUUAGCUGACGCAAAAGCCCUAUGUUUGUUUUAUAAUCUGACAUAGCAUUUUCUCACUUCCUCCCAUAAUCAAGGUACCGUUGCUGAUAUCCACGUGAUGGUGUGUCUAUGCAGGUGAGGUCAGUGGUGUGAGUUUUGGCGUAUGUAAAUGUGUGUCCAGCGUGUGAAGGUGUUUUUAUCUGGACGAGUCGUUUCUCGGGGCCCGUAACAAUCAAAAUAAUACAAGUCGAAAAUCAAAAGACAUUUUUAUUUCAAACCAGUGAGAUUCGUAUUUGAGGGUUUUGUGCUCGAUCUUUCCUUAUUUCGUUCAAACUUUUUUUUUUCUUUUUCUUUUUCUUUUUCUUUGCAACGGAGCCAUGUGUGUGUGUUGGGUGGGAGGGGUGCGCAUGCAUGUGUGUUGUUGUGUGCACUUGUGCAACGCAGAGAAGCAAGAAGAAUGCCGUUCUCCACUAAAAUAUUUUUAACAGAACUUGUGUAAGUGGGAUUUUUUCACAAUUUGAAAUGUGAACACUAAAGGCAGAAGUUAUUAUUGAUUUUUUUAAUCUAUUACCACAACACUGAAUCCUAGUUAUCCAUGUUAUCCAUGAUGACUGCGUACAAAAUGUAUACUGGAAAUGAAACUCAUAAUCCAAGAUGAACGUUAAAUCAGCUGAUGUUCUCUCUAUUUUCGUAUCUGUUAUAAUG